AUGGCAACCCGCCGCAUCAUUGCAAGUGAAAAGACCAUCCUCGAAAAGGACGACCAGCCAGAAGAAAAGUCCAACAUCUCACCCGCUGUCCCCAAAGAUGUUAUUUUCAAGCUUCUAGGAUUUACAUUCGCCAUGAUUGUUGUCCCCAUUGGGUCAUACUUCCUGACUGUCCAUACCGUAUUCAAAGGCAACUCCUCCUUUGCAGGAGGCUUAGCUGCUUUACUGGCCAAUGUAGUGCUCAUAAGUUAUGUUGUUGUUGCAAUGAAGGAAGAUGAUUCGGAACGGCAAGGAGCCUGGGCUGCGAAGAAACCCGACACCAAAAAGGACCAAUAA